AUGUUUGAUGAUCAAGAUCUCGGCUUCUUUGCCAAUUUUCUCGGCAUCUUUAUAUUUGUACUGGUAAUAGCAUACCAUUAUGUGAUGGCUGAUCCUAAAUAUGAAGGAAACUAAAGUUUCUUGGCUUCUUGUUAUGUUUUGCUAGACGUGUAGUGUUUUAGUUAUGAGAUGUUUCUUCAAUGGACAUUUGAUUUUGUUAAAACAAUUAUUUGCUCCUAUGGUAUAAUUUUGCUGCUGCUACUCA